GAGCGCAAUAGAGAGAGAGAGCGAGCGAGGGAGAGAGAGUGAGAGAGCGAGCGCGAUAGAGAGAGAGAUCGAGCAAAGGAGAGAGAGAGACAGCAGAUAUACAUCCUUCUGAAGUCUCCAUCAUACUGCCAGAAAUAAAAGGGAUCAUUUAGGAGGGGAGAAAAGGGGUCUGGGAAAUACUGUAAUAUUUUGACGAUAGAAGACGACGAGGCGACUGACUAACCGAGAGAAGGAAGACACCGGAACGAGAGGGAGGAAGGAGAGAAAGAGCAACCCGCGGAUGCGUUUGCAGCCAUUCCUCCUCUGCUCACGGUGUUCCUCAACAAGAAAAGCUCCUGCCUGUGAAUCAUAGGUCUCAAGAUGGCUGUCCAAUUGGUUCCCCACAGAGGACAAAUAUAACCACAGAGACUCCCUCUAUCCCGUAGAAGAUAUUGGAUUGCAAAAGAGUGGUGACCUGAGGAUUCAGCUGCAUAGAACAAAGAUCAGAGAAAGGCAUGGAAACCCUAAAAUGAGAACAAUUAAAAAACAACUACUGAAAAUAAAUUGAUAAAAAAAGAAUAACCCUACAUUCAGGUUCAACAGGAUGCAUUUAAAUUGAAACUUUUCCAAUAAUAUUCAAACAAAGGAACUGGGAGCAUUGUUUAUUUAUUUAUAGUGAGCCACUAAAUUCAACACACAAUUAUGAACUAAAAGGACAACGCCAUCUGGGAGAACAACCACAUCUGUGUCACAGAUCCCAAGAGCUAGGCUGGCACUAUACAGCAGCGACUGUGUUAGUCAUUUCACCCUCUAUUAGCGAUCACUCUGGGAUCCACUUGUGCUCUCAGUUGGUGAGCGAGGGACACUUCUGCCACUUCCAGCCGCAGCCAAAGCUUUAAUCAACCCUCAUUAAAACUGAAAUUGAUGGGAAAAGGCAAAACAUCAGCUUAAUUGUACGAGGAGUGGAUGGAAUAAGUACAGCGUGUUCAAUCCCCCCUCCCCAGUCCCCAGUAAAUCUUGUUCUCUUGUUCAAAAUGAGAAAGGACACCAUGUUCUUGGUGCAAACCCACCUCUUCCUGGGUGUGGCCAGUGCCUUGGUCAUUCACUCCAUGCCCUGGAAGGUGGCAUGCCCUCACCAGUGCAUCUGCCAGAUCAAGCCAUGGUACUCGCCGCAGUCCGUAUACAGAGAGGCCCCUACAGUGGACUGCAACGAUCUCCUCCUGACCCAGCUUCCUUCCUCGCUGCCCCCAGAAACACACACUCUGCGGCUGCAGAGUAACCUUAUCAGUGCCCUAGACCAGAGUGAGCUGCAGGGCCUGGCGAACCUGACAGAGCUUGACCUCUCUCAGAACAGUUUCAGCAACACCCGCCAUCUUAGGAUAAGCAGCAUACCAGUCCUCUUGAGCUUACACAUGGAAGAGAACCAGCUGCAUCACCUCCCGGACUCAGCCUUCACUGGCCUGCCGGGCCUACAGGAGUUGUACCUCAACCACAACAGGCUCAAGAACAUCUCCCCGGGGGCCUUCAAGGGUCUGGAGAACUUGCUGCGGCUCCACCUCAACUCCAACCGGUUGGUGGGGAUCGACCGGCGCUGGUUCCACGCACUGCCACGGCUGGAGGUCCUCAUGAUCGGGGGAAACCCGGUGGAUGUCAUCCAGGACCUCAACUUCAAGCCAUUGGGCUCCCUCCGCAGCCUGGUUCUGGCAGGGAUGGGUUUGCGCGAGCUCUCAGAGAGGGCCCUGGAGGGACUCCAUAGCUUGGAGAGCAUCUCCUUCUAUGACAACCACCUGACAACUGUCCCAAAGGAGGCCCUGCAGAAGUUACCGGGUUUGAAGUUUCUCGACCUCAAUAAGAACCCCAUUCAGCUGGUCCGGCAGGGGGACUUCAGGAACAUGAUGCACCUGAAGGAGCUGGGGCUCAAUAACAUGGAGGAGCUGGUCUCGAUAGAGCAUUCUGCCAUGGAGAACCUGCCAGAACUCACAAAGCUGGAGAUCACCAACAACCCCAGGCUGUCCUAUAUCCACCCCCAGGCCUUCCAGCAUCUGUCCAGCAUGGAGAGUCUGAUGCUCAACAGCAACGCCCUGAGCGCCCUGCACCGCGAGACCAUACAUUCCCUCCCCAGCCUACAGGAGAUCAGCCUACACACCAACCCUAUCCGCUGCGACUGUCUCAUACGCUGGGUGGGGGCCGAGGCAGAAAAGCCUGUCCGUUUUAUUGAGCCCCAGUCCACAUUCUGCUCUGAGCCCCCAGAGCUCAAAGCUAGGAAGGUGAAAGAGGUGUCCUUCCGAGAGAUGGCUGACAGCUGCUUACCCUUGAUCGCCCCGGGCACGUUCCCUCCUUUCAAACAGGUCAGACAAGGGGAACACCUUGCCCUCCACUGCCGGGCUCUCGCCGAACCAGAACCAAGCAUCUAUUGGGUCACCCCUAAGGGCCUUAGACUCUCCACCUCCUCUAGCUAUGGUCCUUAUCAAGUUCUUACAGAGGGCACUUUGGAGAUCUUCGGGAUUACUGCAGAGGAAGCUGGUUUCUACACGUGCGUGGCACAGAACCUUGUGGGCGCCGACACACAAAGUGUGACAGUUCAGGUAGAUGGAGUGGACAAAGGCCAAGUCUCAAGCACUUGGCAGGGCAAGGACAAGCUGGAGGUGAAGGAUGUCAGGGAGCGCUAUGCCAUUUUGGCCUGGCCCGCCAACUACAACGUGCCCUCUGCCCGGCUCUCCUGGCUGACUAACGAGAGCUUGGCGGACCACCACAAGCACAGCGCCCGCAUUCUGGCCGGUACUCAGGGUUUCAACCUCACCCGCCUCCAACCCGGGACACAUUACAGAGUGUGUCUGCACCUGGGUCCCAACGACACCUCCUGCGUCCACCUCAGGACUAAGGAGAUAGCGGUGACUGUAGCCACCCCCGACCUGACCCCCGCGGUCCUCCUGGCAGCAUCGGCUCUCCUUUUCCUCCUGGCCGCUAAAGCCUGUCAAGGCGGGACCUCACUGGGCUGGAAAAGGCAGGGGGGUGAGGAUCCGCUGAAACCCCAGGCCUGUUCCUUGCCUGCUGAAGUGAAGGGCCACGUGGCCUUGGUAUGUCCCCAGCAGCAGCAGCAGUCGCAGAUGCACCAGGCCCAGAUGCAGCAGCAGACAGAGACGCAGUGCCCAACUAAAGAAUCCUCCGACUCCAGCAGCACGGAAAACAGCGACGCCCAGCAUCCGCAAAAUGUUCAGGGGCGGCCAGCAGAGUCCUGCUAGAGCCCGAGGCGGCAGUGCCAAGAAACAUAACAGGAACCUCUAUCACAGUCCGCAUAGCUCAUCUACAACUCCAUUCUCCAAAAGACUAGUUCAGCAUUAAGAAAUGCAACUAAAUAAAUUCACAGUUCACUUAUUACAGAGGCUAUUAAUUGCUGCCAGAAAAGUGGUCUAAUAUUCAGUACGGUGGUGUAAAAACAGAUAUGAUUUGUAUUUAUUUUAUAUAGGAAUAUAUAUUGAAACUCUUGUUUGUUUGUGCAUUGAGCUAUAUACACAGGAAUCACUCAUGGAAUGGGGCUAAUAUGAAGUUGCACACCUGCAUGGUGUUGCAACUAGGAUGUUACAAAUGAAAAGUCAAGUUAACAACAAAAAUAAUAAACUUUUAUUUUGAUCCAAGCAUUUAAGAACGACAUGUUCAGAGAGUUGGAUGUAGACUUUCAUUUUAGGAAAUUUAAAAACAACCUUUCAUCUGGGUCUACAAAUACAUGUCUCAACAAUGCACCAAAGGAGACAGAUACACUGUAGUUUAAGGAAUACAUACUUCAGGAACCACAGGUGACAUAAAAAAUACCCUUUUUUAUUUUUGGAUGUUUACAAUCGACUGUGAAGAGGGAAAGAUGAUAAGCUGAUGAUGCCGGGUACAUAUCGAAAGCGAUGUGACAUACGCUUUAUUAGAACGUCCAUUAUGUAUCUGCUCCUAUUGCUUUGCGGUAACUGUGCAGAUCAAAUCCGGCGCAGCAGGAUCCUAACGUCUUUGUCUAAUGUUUCUGCCGAGACAUUUGCAUUCGGAAGUGGGCGGGAAAAGUGAUCCAUUACAUCACUGACGAAACCUGCAACCCAGGAGAGCAGGAACUGCAGACGGUCGGAAUCUCUUGCCAUUUACGGAGACUCAGCAGAUCAACAUCCCUGCUCGCAAUGAAAUGGGACGCAGCCCAAAACCACAUCAUAGCACCAACCGUUUUAAGACAGCCUUGGGGGGGGUUGUGCGGAAGUGACCUGCUUGUCAUUCAAACCCUUAUUUCUCAGUUCAAAGCUAAGUGGAGUACGAGGGGGAUUGAUUCAGAGGACAGAGCCCCAGAACCAUUCUGAGGGGGACUGGCAGCGGAAUCUCUUGCAGUCCUCCAUCUUGCGACGGUUUCCUCUUCAGCUCUGGCCUGCUUUCUCCUGUGGCGAGCAGGCAGUUAAAGCCUCGCUUAAAAUACUGAAGUGCUGCGGCCGCGAGCCGCCACUGCUUCCAGGGACAGUUACAAGCACUUUCAAUUUACUGCACAUCAAACGGCGCCGCGGACAAGAGACCGCGAGCAGCAGCGCGCUGCUCACCCGCCCUACAAAGAGACGGAUAUUAAUAUAACAUGAGCUUCUCUCCACAGAUUCAUCAGCAACUUUCUGCUCUGCUUUUUACUCCGCUGCGUUUAUAAAGGCCAGACAGUGUGAACCGUGAAACAUGGUCGGCGGGUAGAUUAGAUAUGUGUCCUGUACCAUCUAUCACCGCAAAUAUCCUUUAGCGAAUUGGACAUUGCGCAUUUGGCCGACGGGAACCCGUCCGUCAAGGACACACACACGCCUUUCAUUUCCUCUGGAGGGACGCCCAUUUUCUAAAAUUGUGUAAUUUUAUGGUGUCCCUACUUUUGCGUUUUUGUAAAUUAAGUGGUUGACGUGACUCCUUGUUUCAAUAACCCUCUAACUCUUCCUGGUCACUCCCUUUUGUAUCCAUAGCUGUACAUAAACAAUCUGGAUUUCCUAUUCAGUGUACUGCUUUUCUUUCAACAAUAAUGUAGAUGAUGACAGUGUGUUAAAUUCUAUUUUCAGCUAUUAUUAAAACAUUUUGGACUGAAAAAAAAAA